AUGGACUUGAGCAGCCUGGCAAAGCUGCAGACGGAGGGGGUGAAUCCCCAUACCGUCCAUAUCGACCGCAUGUCAACGCUGGAGAUGUGCACGGUUAUCAAUUCCGAGGACCAUAGAGUGGCAGAGAGCGUCGAGCCCUGCCUAACAGUAAUCGCUGGCGCAAUUGAUGCUUUGGCUUUGCGGGUGCGACGCGGCGGCCGAGUCGUAUACGUUGGAGCAGGCACCAGUGGCAGACUGGGCAUCCUUGAUGCAUCAGAAAUUCCGCCGACAUUUGCAGCAUCGCGUGACCAAUUCAUUGGCCUGAUUGCAGGUGGAGAUGCCGCCAUCCGCCAGGCCCAGGAGGGUGCGGAGGAUAAUGCACAGGAAGGCGAAAUCGAUAUGAAGAACCUCCAACUAAACCCCGAACUUGAUAGUAUCAUUGGCAUUGCAAGCUCUGGCCGGACCCCGUAUGUGCUGGGAUGCCUCGCUUUCGCGAAGCAGCUGGGAUGUUUGACCAUUGGAGUCGUUUGUGUAUCGCCCUCGGCACUAAGCCAGUCAGGCAACGCGGAUUACCUGAUUGCGCCUCUUCCGGGCCCAGAAGUGGUGACUGGGAGCACCAGACUGAAAUCCGGCACCGCAACCAAGUUAGUGUUGAACAUGCUGAGUACCGGAACUAUGAUUCGAACAGGGAAGACCUACGGGAACAUGAUGGUUGAUCUGGUGGCAUCAAAUCUCAAAUUGAAACAACGGUCCCGGAAUAUCCUACGUCGACUCAGCACCGAAUGCGCCGCCAUGUCCGACUCGGGGCUAGAUGCACUUCUUUCGCAGUGCCAGCACAGUGUCAAGCUUGCAAUCUUGGUUGCUGAAACUGGCCACUCCGUUGAUAAUUGCAAACAACACUUGGUCUCUGCCGGAGGUGUAUUAUCCAAUGCUCUGGAAGGGGCAUCGCAACCCGUGGCUCUUGAGCACACGCCCUCGCGAAAGUUCACCCUCUGUAUCGAUGGCGGGGGCACCAAGUGCGCUGCUGUGGUUACUGACGGAGCUAACAUUGCAAGCCAUGGGUAUUCUGGGCCUUGUAACCUAACUGAUGGUAUUGGCAACAUGGACGGAGUAAUGGCCACCUUGGUCGAGGCCACUAAGAGUGCCUUGAAGGCGCACUUACCAGAUCCUCUCUCAAAACUAACACAGGCCGAGUGGAAGCACCAUCUCCGCUCCUGUUUCAACUCCGCCUGGAUUGGCCUGGCUGGCUUGGACCGUGCUGGUGUAAAGGACGCCCUGGCUCCCAAGCUCGCUGAAAUAUUUGGCCUGGACCCCGCUACUAAAAGCUUCUGUUUAACAAAUGACGUGGACUUGUUGCCGGCAUCGAUCCCAGUGGACAAGAGCAUUCCGCCUGUCUCCACACUUGUUCUAAUCGCGGGCACUGGUAGCAUUUCCAUGCGGUAUAGCUGGACUGAAGAUCUGGGAUACCAUCGUGUCGCGCGCUCCGGCGGCUGGGGUCAUAUUCUGGGCGAUGAGGGGGGAGGAUACUCGAUCGGCUUGGCUGCGAUCAAACAGACGCUGGCCGUCCUUGAAGAGCAAACGCUGGGUCUUCGGCCAGGCUUGGGACAAUUCGAGCACGCAGUGGUCAAGAAGCUGGGGUGUGAGAAAGCCAAUGAUGGUAAUAUUAACCUUCUCAACGAUCUUCUUGCCCCUCAUGAGCCCCAGAUCGCCAAGGCUCGCAUUGCGGGUGUGGCGGAGGUGGUGCUGAACCUGGUUCCCUCUGAUCAAACGGCGCAAGACAUUGUGACCAAGCAGAUUGAAUACCUGGUGUCGAAGACCCUCGGUCGUUUGCUCGAUUCCCGCUCUACCGGAUAUACCGUGCCGGAGCAAACACAACUAGUCCUAGCUGGUGGAUUGAUCAAGAAUCAAGGAUAUCAGGAUUUAUUGAAAAGUCAACUUAGCCAGCAAGGAUUGGGUUUCCGAGGCAUUCAUGUCGUCGGCGACUCUGGGGGCCAAAUCUGA